AGUGAACCAGUGAGGAGGUUUCCAGAGAGAACAAAAAGAGGGAAACCAAAGCUCUGCAACACAAGACAGCCAACAGAAGCAUCCUGUACAACUUGAGCAUUCGGCUGCUACACAACUCCCCAAACCGAAGCCGGCAGGAUCUGCAACACUGAUCAGAUCUGAGGUGGAGCUCUGCUUGACCGUCUUGUGCAGCCUGCUCUUGUUAGUUGUAAGUGAAAAUGCUCUGGAGAUUGACUCUUGCCCUGGCCGUGGUGUGUGUCGGUGGCGUCUGCAACUGUGUGAAGGCGGACAUGAUGAGCACGCUGCUGCUGCCAAAGGACUACGGGGUGAAACUGUGCGGGAGAGAGUUCAUCAGAGCGGUCAUCUUCACCUGCGGUGGCUCCCGCUGGAAACGAUCCUUAGACGGGGACACAGAUCCCUUCCAGUGGAGUUCCCUCAGUGAUGUGACAGAGGGGAACAACCAGCCAAACUGGCAGCCUGGCACAGAGCUUUCAGCAGACAGUCCUUCUCCGCUCCUUAUUAGCUCCUCUUCCUCCUUGGCGGACCUCCUGGCUCUGUUUGCGGCCCGAGGAGACAGGCAGCAGCCGCUUCUGAGCGACUUUGCCCCUCAAUCUCAGCCAUUCACUGUUUUAGGUGAGCAAGACGGGAACCGAGCCGCCGGGGACUGGCCCAUGGCGAGCAAGAAGAAGAGGAACUUUUCUCUGGGUGUGGCUGGGAAGUGCUGCAGCCAGGGCUGCACCAAGAACGAUAUCGGACGCUUGUGCUGAUUCAGGGAGCAGACCGGUCAUGACAUAAAGAUGGUGUAAUGGACAGAGGAGAGAAAGUUCACAUCUGCUUUGUAAUAGGCUAAAGUGAGCCUAAUAUUUUAAAUGAUAUAUUUUCCUUGUUUGAUAUUUUGUUAAAAAUGAUCAUGUUGUGUAAG